AGGCUUCGGAUGUUAUGUGAAAACCAUUGUGCUUCAUGCGUUCACAUGGAAUACGUAUUACUUAAAUAUGUAGGAUGAAAAAAAGUAUGUUGGGGUUCUAUCCUGAGGGACCUCCCCCCCUCAAACAACCUCUAACCUGCAGUAAGGGAAUAACUUAAUGUAACUGUAGAUUUUCUUAAGUACAUGCCAGGGAAUUUUUCCAUGUGCUGAUAGAAAACAAAGUGUUCUGCGAUUCUGGACUUGAAUGAGAUUAAUGUGAUUGGGAAUAAUGGCUGGUUAUGUUUUUUUUAAAUUAUUAUUAUUUUUAUCUAAUCUGCCUUUAAACACAGAAAAAGCAGAAUGUGUCUUAGAUUCACUACAUGUCUAUCAUGUGCAUGUCCACUGAAAACAUCACGUAUUUCAAUAAUUUAUUUCAAAAUUGUGGAAUCAGUAGAUUCCUUACACAGAGGGUGGUACAAGUCAGGUGUUCACAUGUUGUCACUUUAGUCCACUCAGUUUUUCAUGUAGAAAAAGCAUUAUGCAAAAAAAAAACAAAAAAACUGAAAAGUCAUGCUAUACGGCCAUGUUUGAAAUAUUUCGUAGUUGAAAUGAAGAACCCAAAGGUCACGCAUAGGCACAAAAAGGAACCGAUGAGCAACACUGGGGAAAAGAAUGGCAUUGCAAUAGAAGAGACAUGGCAAAGGGGCGAGUGAGCAGAGGAGCAUUUAUUCUGAGGAGGGUGAUUAAUGGGACCAGCAUCAGGUGAGUCGAAUUAAUACAAAAGUCUCGAAGCCGUUGAGAAGCAUGAACCAAGCAAUUAAGUGCCGAUGGCUCAAAACGGCCAUUACCAAGACACACAGGUGAUGUAACAUGAACAAAGGAACGACACCGAUAUCUAAAUAGAGGCAUUUGUAGACACUAGGAUCUACUAAAAUGCAAAAUCCAAAGAGAGAAGGAAUUCAACACAAAAGUAACAUAGCAGAACCAAACUCCUUCCAUGUCGUGAUAGAGAUACGGCCUAUACAAUGACAAGAAAGACUGUCGACUUGUCCAGCAGACAGCCAUCAGCACCCUCCACAAGGCAGAUAAGCCAUAAAAAGUUAUUGCUAAAGACGUGGCAGAUCAUAGACAUCCAAGCAUAGAAAGUUGAGAGGAAGGAAAAAGUGUUGUAGAAAAAGAACUUGAGAAACUAUAAUUGGCCUCAUGGUUAGCCACUAAUGAACUCAAGAUCAACUCAGAAGCAUCUUAAACAGAAAAAGAACUGCACAUGCUCAGCAGUCCAAAGCGGCCGCAUUUUAUUCCUAAAUCGAGGUUUGAGAGUGUUAAAGGAAAAACAGUGGAGAGGCACAAAAUCCAGGUCGUCCGACGUCCGGUGGGAAGCUUCCGAAGCCAGCGGAUGACUUGAGCAGCCGUGUCAUCCGCUGGUUUUGGUUCACGGUGUUUCAUCAGGUAAAGGCAGAGCAGUCGGCUACCAGGAAACACGUCAGGCUUUCCUCUUCUGAGCAGCUUUAUGGAGACACUAAAUUUAUUUUCCUGCAGGACCUGCUCACACAGCCAAAAGCACUAACACCUGCUUUGAUGACGGUGCUAUCACUGUGCUUGAACAGCCACCAAUGGCACAACAACGCUGCAAUGUUACAUUGCAUUAAGGCAGUAAUUCCACUGACAAGAGCUCGGGCCAAAUACUUUUUCUUUUUUUUUCUUUUUUGGAAGGACAUUUUGGAUGAAAAUAAUUCUUUUAUUGGACUAAUGUAUCGUUGUAACUGCCUGUGUUUUUGACAAUAACUUGAAACAUAAAUCUGCUUGAAACACGUCCAUAUAUGAGUUUCACUUUUUCUAAAACUGACUUUCUGAAAUGAAUUCACUUUUCGAUCACACUCCACUUUUACUGAGAUGCACCUGUACAGAUGAACGAGUCCCUCCGUAUGAAUCGGUGAAGGAUUCGCACGCAGAUCGUUGCAGGCUUGAGCGUCCUAACAAGGAUUCAGUUUCAUCUUGGCUCCAGUCUGAACGCUCCGCCUGCUCUCGCCGAGGAUAUUGACUUUCCCGCAAGUUAAAGUAUUUAAAUGUAGAGUGAGACAGAUGCUGUAUGUGGACUGGAGGCGACCGCAAAAAAAAAAGGAAAAAAAAAAGAAAAAAGAAAAGAAGGAACACGCGUGUGGGUGGAAGACUGGGGACGCAGGGACUUUACAACCCGCACGUAUAGAUUGACAGCGGAGGCAACUUUGUUUGCCACAUUUUAAGGAGAUGCGCGCAUCAUCUUUCCUCACAAAUGACCGCACUCUUCAGGGGGAAAAAAGCAUCUCUUCCAUGACGCGCAGAAAUCCGUUCGUGAAACCAACGAUCGCCACUCUUCGAGAGCGAUAGAGGGAUUAAUUUCUACUUUAAAAAAAAAAAAACGUUUCAUUGUUUGAACAACUUGAAUGAGUCAAAGAGGAUUUGAUGGAGGAGCUGGGGUGACAGCGACGCUCUUCACAAGACUUCGCUUUUCGGAUUAGCGUCGCAGCGCCUUCUAAAUCUUCCAGACGUUCCCCUCCUGACUGCGGACAGGACCUGCGUCGGGACUCCUGACAGUUCUGGAUCUCUUAAUUGUCAUGGGUUUGGCUUUCGGUGCGCAACAAGGAGGUUGAUUCAAACUGAACCGAAGGCACCCAUCUACGGGAAUGGUAUUUCUGAGGGCAUCCAACGCCGAAUCAGCGAAGUAUUCAUGAAGCAAUAUUUGAACUAUUACAGGAUGAGGCUGAGAACAUCGAGGUUAGGUUAUCUGUUUCUCCAGUUCGCGGCGCUUUGCUUUUACGCACAGGACACUGUGCAGUCGUCUCCUAAUUUCAAGCAGCACGUCACCGAACAGAGCCGGCUGUCGGACCGCAUGAGCCGCAGACUGACCCGAACCUACCAGCUGUACAGCCGAACCAGUGGGAAGCACGUCCAGGUCCUGGCUAACAAGCGGGUCAAUGCUAACGGGGACGACGGCGCGGUGCACGCUAAGCUGGAAGUGGAGACGGAUUCCUUUGGGAGUCGCGUUCGGAUCAAAGGGGUGAAGACGGGAUACUACAUAUGCAUGAACAAGAGAGGGAAGCUGAUUGGCAAGCGAAAAGGACGAGGCAAGGACUGCAUCUUCACCGAGAUCGUCCUGGAGAACAACUAUACAGCCCUGCAGAACGCCAAGUACGAGGGCUGGUACAUGGCCUUCACGCGCAAGGGCCGCCCGAGGAAGGCCUCGAAGACCAAGCAGCACCAGAGGGAGGCCCACUUCAUGAAGCGUCUUCCGAGGGGCCACUUGCUGAGCGACAGGAGGCCGUUCGACGUCCUCCCUCUGCCCGUCCCCGUGCAGCCUCUCAGCAGGCGGACUAAACAUUCCCAUCACCAGCGCUCUGGGGGACGCUGAGGACCGAAACCACUGAAGAGGAACAACACAGAAGAACCACUUCAAGAGAAAGCAUCGUGUGAACUCACACACACUUUUUUUUUUUUUUUUUUUUUUUUAAUUUUGCCUCAUUUCUGGACUUCUUACGCACUUCUUGGUUACUGGGUUUUAUGUAAACUAUCUAAUCUGCUAGUUAUUUACAGACUGUAGCGAGAUUCCCCCCCCCCCUAUCUUUGGCUAUUGAAUCAGGGCAUUUUACAAUCUGGAGAGCUCAAAAAAAAAAAAAAGACAAAAACAAAAACAAAAGAAAAGAAAUCUCAAAGGGUUAGACGUUAGCCAGCUCAGCAUUGAAAAGAAUGUUAAAAAGUGAAGCUAGACGUGGCAGCUAUCUGUGGUUACAGCAUCUCUCAGUCGACGUGCUCUCUCGGAGAAUUUUGUAACCCGUUUUGUUUUUCUACGUAUACGGAUAUAUUUUUACUGUAAAAAUGUAAAUUACAUCAAAUGAUGGAUAUAUUUAUUGUAGAGUGUAUAUUAAAACCACUAAAGAGUUUCGUAAGCUGCUUGUGUGCUCUCUUGUGGUUGUUUUCCAAACUAGAAGCUAGCAUACCAACCAGCCCCCUCCACGCCCUCAAAAAAGAAAAAAAAGUUGUUUUUUUUUUUUUUUCCUUCGUCUUCUUCAAGCUGAAAACCUAGAUAACUGAGGGGCAAUAUCUGUGACAGGCUACUGAAUUCAAUGUGCUCAGCAAGUGAGACUUGGGCCUGAAUGGUCUGAGCUAUGCAUUAAAAGCGAUGAGGUCAGCCCACCAUUUUGGCUCAAACAAAGGUUACCACCAUGUAGUUGCAUUUCUCACGAUCGCACACCGUAACCCUCUGAUCAAAUGGGCCCUUUGUGGGACCUCAUAUAAAAGGGCAUGUUAUACAAUAGUGGGUUCGAAUAAUAACACGAGGAGGGGUCAGUUAUCAAAAAGAAGCCAGUCACACAGGGGGAGGGGUGGCGGAGAGGAAGCUGAGGGGAGGCAGGGGACGGGGGUGGGGGGGGGAGCACCAGGGCCUGUGUGGCAAAAUGUGGCAUCAACUGAAAGAGGGGGAAUGGCUGGGAAGAGGCAUUCGGGAAUGAAAGGGAGGCAAGAAAGAAACCCUCUUCCCAGAAGCAGUUGAGCAUGACCGUCAAAGGCCAAAUGACAGGGGAGAGGAAGACCCUAAACAGAGGAGUUGGGCUUCUCUCACCAAGCAUGAGCUGGAUGUCAAAUUCGUUAAGUUUGUGCCUCUCGUUGCAGGACCAUGGACUUUUUGCCCCACUUUCUGUCUACUUACAACCACAAACUAUAACCUAUUUAAGUGGUAUUCUGUGUGGCAGACUAUUUAUUUCAACUCAAUAUUUAAAAAAAAACAAAAAAAACUGGACCAUCCCCUGAUGAAAUGGGAUCAAAUGCUGUUUUGUCACUUCGGGGUUUGACAAAGAAGAAGAAAAAAGUUCCUUCCCCAACAGAAUUCCCAAAACAACAAGACUGGCUGGUUUAAAUGUUUUUUUUUUUUUGUGUCCUGUCCUUUCCAUCUGGAAGAAGACAAAGCACAAUGGUGAGAGAGGACCUGUGGCUUUGUCUCUGUUUUUUGCACUUGCUUUCUGGGUUUGGACAAGCGGCGAAAAAUGCAAGGAAUCACAAGGUUGAAACAAUCUAUAUUUAAGUGCCAUUGUCCCGUUUUAACAGCACUACCGCCUUUUUUUUUUAUAUCCACUGUUUAAGCAUCUUCAGUGGAACUGAUUGUAUUUCUUUAAUAUGCAGUGGG